CCGAUGUUGACGGUUAAAAUGUGUGGAGAAAGAAAAUUCUGGACCUUCAGAGGGCGACAUCCCGCCAUUUUUCCUCCUCGCGCUCGACGACCUUCAAACGAAGAAGUCCCGGCGGAAGAAGAAGGGGGGAGGAGGAGUGUCCCUGCUGCCACUUCCACGCGACAUUGCUAUUCUGACAUGUCUGCUGCUUGUGUCAGGUGGCUUCUGAGCCACGCAGCAAGGACGGCGUCCAGCGGUGGACCUCUCCUCUGGACCCCGGCUUCACGGCCAACGACGCUCAGCAGAAAGCUCUGCACCUUUGCCGGCUCCUGGAGCCGAUCUUUCUCCACAGAGGUCAGCGAUGCAGAAAAGACUCCUUCAGCAAAGAAGAAGAAGCAGCACACUUCAGCGCACGCCCCCAUCAGCAAUGUGGGCCGUAAGAUCCCCCACAGAGAGAUCCAGGUGAUCAGUGAGUCCGGAGAGAACCUGGGCACCAUGCACCGGGCGGAGGUCAUCAAAAUCAUGGACCAGAAGAGCCUGAAACUGGUGCUUCUGAGUGAGAACGAAGAGCCGCCGGUUUACCAGCUGAUGAGUGGCAAGCAGAUCCACGAGGAGCAGCUGAGGCAGCGGGAGAAAAACAAGACGAAAGCACCUCCUCCUCAGGUGAAGGAGCUCACCUUCUCUCUGGGAAUCGCCCCUCAUGACCUCUCCACCAAGCUGAAGCAGGCGGAGAGCUGGCUGGAGAAGAAACACCACGUGAGGAUGACGGUGCGCGGCGGCCGUGCAGAACCUGCCGUCCCCCUGGAUGCGGCGCUGGAGCAAAUGGUGGAACAAAUGGAUGUGAUGGUGGGUUUUGUCUCCAAGCCCAAAGUCAUUAAAGACGGGAGAGCAGCCAUGUGCAUUCUCCGGCCGCCGUCGGCAAAGGAACUGUCGCAGAAAGAAAGGAACCAAACCGAAGAGAGAAAAGCUCCAAACGCCACAUCUGAGGUCCUGAGCAGCACAGCAGAAGAGUCCAUGAAGCAGUGACAGAAAUAAAAGCUUUUUCACAAAAAAAA